GACAUGUGUUUAAUAGAUAGAACACAGAACAGGCUUCUGGACGAGCAAAGCUCAGCGCUGAAGCAACAGAAACAAACAUAGGAGCCGAGCAGAUACUCCACAUAAGUGGAACCCGAUCAAAGAACCUCAAAAUAUGGAUCUUCAGCGUGGCUUAAAUUAGCUGCACCUCCAUGCAGUUUUGUAGACCUGCGAUAUUGAUAUUGAGUUGUAUUUUCGUACUUUAAAAGCAGAACUAUGCUUUCCUUUAUCACAUCAUUUCUUCCGACGUCCUACUUCAUACCUGAAUGGCUGACUCUAGAUAUAAAUCCACUGGAUGGUUUACUCCAAGGACUGGUGGGUGCAUGUGGGAUCUCUGUGCUGUGUUCCCUGUUGAGAGUGCAUUUAUUGUUAGAGGAGAGCUGGAGUGAAAAACAACAUGAUAAAGAUACAUCAAGUGAGAGGAAAACCAGUCAUCAAAUGAGGUCUAAAACUGGACUUGCUGACAUGCUCCAUUUCUUCUUUGUGACUGGGAUACUGGCCAUAGUGGGCUCUCGUGUGGCCUCAUUGGUGGUACUGGAAUUUUCUCUUCGAGCUGUCUCUGGAUCAGUCACAGCUGGACCAGAGUCCAAGAAAUUUUUGCAGCAGCUGUUGGUUCAAAGCCAGUUCUCCCUGGGAUGUGCACUAACCUGCAGUUUGUGCUUCCUCCACGAGGGGUCAUCUCAGCGCUGGCUUUGCCUGCUCCUAGCAGCGGCACUCAGCUGGUUCCUGGCUAGGCAGGCCACAAGCCUGCUGCACCAUGUCAUGGCUCUAUAUAAACUCCACAGCUCACAGCGCUACUGCGGCAUUUGCAUCAGCCUCCUGACAUCAGGCAGCUCUGUGCUGCCCAUGCUGUGCAGGGCUAUGAUCAUUACAUUCUCUGUGGCUGGGCUGGCCGCUGUAUCAAUCAUCAACCGACAUUUCCUCUCUGCAACAGAAGCCCUUAGGUUUUGGACACCACUGACUAUCUGCUACACACUGUUGGUGGUUUACAUGCAGGAGGAGCAGCACCGUCUGCCUAGCAGCCAGGCUGUCCUUAAUGCAGUGAUGGUGCGUCUCGGAGGUUUGAUGGUCCUGAUGCUGACUGUUGGGCGCUGGGCUGACGUGCUCCACAUCCUAAUGUGUUUCCUGGGUGAGGCCAGCUGUCUAAUCCCUGCUAAGGAUCUGCUGGAUGCAGCAGCCUCACAGGUCAGUGAGUCUCCCUGGAAGCAGCACACAGGGCCGAAAGCACUUUCUGUCCAUCGAGACCCAAAAACUGGGGCAGAAUAUCAAUGUGUUCAUUAGACUGGGUCCCAAGAUGAGACUGAACUUCUCAAACUUGUAUCCCAGGUGGAGAAGGUUUAAGACCCCCUAGACAGAUUCAGGUCAAAGUAAUCUCUGACUCAGAAUACUGAGCCUACUUUUGCUUUCACUGAGUUAGCCUAUAUAAAAAGUUGGGGGUUUCAAAUGAAGUACAUUCAGCUGAUGCAGAGCAAAUAAAAACGUUGCAAUUCAUGCAUUUAUUUUGACUUUAGAAAGCCGGCUGAUCUAUUGUGUCAAUAAA